AUGAAACGCUCCAGCCAAGCAGCGCACGCUUCCCGUCGUUCCAAACGCGCUUUUCGUGCGGCGGCGGCGUUCGUGGACUUAGCGGCUGAGGAGGAUCCGGAGGACUACGAGGAGAUUGACGAUGACGACGAUGACGAGAACAUGGAGGUUGAACGCCUGACCCCUCCCGCUACGACUACAAUCCCAGGUCCAUCGACCUGCGUCCGUUGGGAGUCCGUAGUCGCGGGCAUUGAGACGCGCACAACACGUCAAGUCCCCGCCUUAAGCGACCCGCAGGCUUGGGAUAUCGUCAAAGAAUUCGCGGAUGGCGAGUCACUACCUAUCGUUGAGGAUCGUCUCCAGCAGUACCUGGGUCCUCGAUAUGUCUAUCAAGAAUGGAGCCCAAUAUUCGAUGGCUUCUCUUCGGAAGACGACGCCGAAGCCCAGACAAGAUAUCAUACGCUUCGGAAUACGUACCUCUCCGAGUCUCCUGCGGGCGGUGGUAGUCGCGAGGGCGAUCACGAGGGCGGGGGAGAGGACGAGGGCGAGGGCGAGCUAGAGGACGAGGGCGAGGUUGAGGUCAAAGUCGAGGGUCCGAGUGGGAGCGGCGAUAACAGCAAGGGCAAAUCUAAAUCCAGAUCUACGUGGAGAUCUUUGUUCAAGGUCUGGGUGUCGAGUCCAUCUCGAAACUUCCUCUAUGCUUAUCUCAAAGGCCACUCUAUUCGCGUGGACGCCUACGAUGGCCUGGCAAACUACCUUUACGUCGAAGCCAGUUCUCAAGCCGAAGCAUAUAAUCUCUUUCCACUGCCCCAUCGCAAUCACGUCAGGGUCCUCGAAUACAUUGAAGAUUUUGCGAGCCCUUCCCUCAACAGCCAGCAAACGUUACAUACCUGGGUUCGACCUAAAAGUGGUCGUUACGUUGGAGACGUUGGUUUCGUUAUAGAUGAAACAUCUGAGAACGGUGUCACUGCGUUAUUCGUACCCAAAGUCCAGCUAUCACCUACUUCGACUCCGUCUCAUCCUCGUAUCAUUAGCCCACGCGACUCCUCCCCGUCUCUUUUCCCCCUGGCUUCUGUGCCAGGGCUUUUUGGCAGCACGAGCGGUGUCAAGAUGUCACCCGCUGGCAGAUUCAUCGUUGGGCAACAUAUCUUCACCUCCGAGGGCCUCGUCGAGCUGCGCUUCCUUCGCAAUGAUGUCACGCCGGCUUCGGAUGUCAUCCCCAACGAACUCGGCCAGUUCGCCGACUGCACUCUCAACUCGACACCACCUAAGUGGGUGAAGCCACUAAGUGGUCCAUUCAAGGAUGAUACCGCACUUGCCUUCGACUUGGUAGACCGUCUACCCGCUAAAGUUCUUCUCGUCCCUCGGCUGCAGGAAAUACGACAGGGCGAGAAGCAUGUACUUAAGGUAUCCGCCGACUGCCAGCGACAUCUGUAUCCCGUCGAAAAGGCCAAGUCCUUUAUGGGUCCAAAGAAUGUGAAGGUCUAUCCGGAUAGAACGUACUCGGUAGAUGACUUUCAGCUCACCGUACAAGGCCACAUCAUCGUCUCCUUUGAUCCGAAGACCCUUACACCGGUUCCAGAGCCUACGGAAGAACGCGCCGUCUUCGCCAAAUACUUGCCCGGCGAAUACGUGACGCCGCUUCGUCGCGCGAUACACUCCAAGUACCACGACUUUGCUGUGGAACACUUCGCCCGCGGUGACCGUGUCCAGGUCAAGUUGAACCCUACGAGCACCCCCGUCUACGGCCAGGUACUCGGGGUUAGCAUAGACAGGACGGUGCAAGUUCUACUCGGUGAUGCCACCGCAACGCAGCCUGUCUCUGUUUCGUCCUCUCAAGUGUCUCGUGAGUGGUGGCCGGGUGAUAGCGUGUGUGUGUGUGCGGGAUCGCACAGGGGCUCUCGCGGGACGGUGUUGCGCCAAUCCGGCGAAACCUUGGAGGUUUCGGAGCUUACCACCCAUGCCCAGUUUGCGGUGCCUGUAUCGUUCGCCGAGAGCGACCAGCAGCCAGCGGCCCCGUCCGGCGCAGCUCGUUUCGCUGCAGGUGACUACGUCACGUCACUUGAACUUGGUCGGUGGAGCCGUGUCGUUGGAGUCCACGGUGGUCGACUAUGUUUCUCGGAAAUGCGUACCGAGGAAUCCAGCAGCCACGGAAUGGGUCGCCUCCAGGCAGUGAACAGAGGUGUUCAUCUCUACGAUGUAGUAAGCAACCUUGGGAUGCUUGCCCAGGCGGGGUCUGACCCGAUGCACGUUGCUGCAAAGGGUCGCUCCUUCGAACAACAAGCCAAAGGAAAGGCCAUGCGCGCACCGUUCUAUACCGGCCCCGAUCCCCAUAUCAAUGAGCCCGUGUAUGUUCGCAAGGGAAGCGUGAAGGGUUACUCGGGCUACGUGAAGGAUACGAACACGCACCGGAGGACUGCCCGCUGCGUACUUACGGCCGGACAAAAGGUCGUGGAACUCAAAUUCGAGGACAUCGUUUCGCUGCGUACUGGCCUGGAUCUCACUGGCAAACCGCUCCCGAAUAACCGGCUGGACGAGUUCCACCAGCUCCGGAGGAGCUACUUUGGCUUGAUGCAUCCUGAGGACCUGCCUCCGCGGGCUUCCACCCCUCAAUAUGACCAGCCGCUCGACGACAAUGUGUUCGGAGGUGCUGAUCCCGAAGGGAUGUCGUCACGCGAGGAGCAGCCUCAGCAGUCCGAACCAGGGCCGCUGCAUUGGCUUCUGGACAACAACAUCUGUCGUGCGCUUGGGUCGAGGAGAAUCCACCUCAAGGUCAAAGCGACGUACCUGUCCGGGAGAAUGGUCAAGAUGUCUGCUUGGACGAAUGGCCCCAAUCGAUUUUACAGCAAUGCGCAGGUGCAGGAAGCUCCUCCGGGCCAUGUCGCCAUCACGUACAAUGACACGCACGGGACUCACUCGGAUAUCACGUCUGUCGAGCAUUUCUAUCCUUUCCCCCCUAGCAAAGGUAAAGAGGGAUUGGUGGUCUCAGGUCCGCAUGCAGGAUACAUCAGUCUUGUCAAGAAGAACAAGAAAUCUCCUGCGCAAAUUUGGCUGCAGGGACUGGAUGCUGCUUUCACGUACGACGAAGUCUCUGAAGUUGCGCAGAUCGGUACAUGA